GUCGUCGUUCUGCACACGGCCCUGAAUCCGCGGACGCACCUCUCCGUGAGUAGAGACGUGUGCAACGUCAGCCGAGCUCUGUUCGAGGACAGCUGGUCUCACGAUUUCAACGACCCGCAGAUCCACGAGAAGCGAUUCGACCCCGAUUCAGAGGUCCGGCGACGGAAUGUCUCUCACGCUUACCUUAAGAGGUGGGUGGGUUUACCGGGACUCUCCGGCACAGACUGCAAGGCACUGUUGAAACAUCCCGUUUUGGGGAGAAGGGUGCAGGAUAAGGUACAGAGGAUCUGGCCUGGACAGUUCAUUAAAGACACCGGGGACUGCCGCGCUUUUCGUGAGGGUUAUGGGUACAGCAGGUAUCCUCCUGCGUCACUCGAAGAAAGGAGGUUCCCGAUUGCGUUCAUUCUUCUGUUUCAUCAAGACUUAGAUCAGGUC